GUUACCACAGCGCUCUCCGAGAUAUGAGAUCGGGCCGUUUUCCAGUCGUCCCCCGUUUCUAUUAAAGAAGAAAAACGCGAAUAAUCCGAGGGGAAAGAGAGAGAGAAACACAGGCACCUUUGGAGAGUUCGCCCUGAAGAGAGCAUACAGCGCAUUUCUGCUGGCGGAUCAGUCGCAGUCUGCUGCGGUGCAUGCACAGUAUUUCUCCCCCCGUGCGCGCGCGCGUGUGUGUGUUUACAAGUGUUUGAACCAGUGCCACAGACGAGGGAAGAAGGAGGAUAAAGCCACGGAAGGAGGGAUGAUGGAUAAUUCAGGCAGUAGUAAGGCACAGAUGCCCAGCAUGUCUCAGGAGCCUGGUGUGGCCUUUCCUCAGAACACCUCGACAGGGGGGAUGAAGCUGGAGGCAGUAAUGGAGCAGCUCCAGCGUCAGCAGCAGGCCAGACUGGAAAUGGAGCGCAAAGAAAGGAAGCUGCGAGAGGCCCAUAUCAUGUAUGCUCAGCAGGUUGCUGCCCAGCAGGCCAUCCUGGCAGCUGCCCGGGCUUCUGGGGCCAGUUUCAUGGGCAAAGGCCUGGCUGGAGGGGUCCCUGGUGGCGGGUUGCCUCCCCGGAUGUCCAAUCAGAGCAGUGUGGACUCGGAAAGAGAAGAUGAUGAGGACAGAGGCCGGGAUUCUGGGGAUGAGGACGACGACAAUGAGAUGAUGGAGGGGGAUGAGGGGAGUGACGAGGACGAGGGAAGUGCCAGUGGUCUGGAGUUCCUCCGCAAGCAGACCCUCGCUUUGCAGCAGAGCGCCUCUCGCAUGCCAGCCCGUCCAUUUGGUAGUUACUCUGCUUCGGCCCCCCAGAGGGCUGCGUCCCCACCUAUCAGAGUAAAGCAGGAACCUGAUGAGGGCCUGUCUCCUGCAGGGCCUCACUCUGCUACCUCUCCUAAUGGACAAGCCGAAUGGAACUUUGAUGAUCACUUCAGACAGAAUGGAAGUGGAGGCUGGGCGGAUGAGGCCGACAGUAGCAGAGGAAGAGGAGAAGCCUCCAGAGACUUUGCUAAGCUGUAUGAACUGGACAAUGACCCCAAAAGGAAGGAGUUUUUAGAUGACCUCUUCACUUUCAUGCAAAAAAGAGGAACCCCAGUCAAUCGUAUCCCCAUCAUGGCCAAGCAGGUCCUGGAUCUGUACAUGCUGUACAAGCUGGUGACAGAGAAGGGAGGCCUAGUGGAGGUUAUCAACAAGAAGAUCUGGAGAGAAAUCACAAAGGGGCUCAACCUGCCUACCUCCAUCACCAGUGCAGCUUUCACCUUGCGCACACAGUACAUGAAAUACCUGUACCCAUAUGAGUGUGAGAGGAAAGGCCUCAGCUCCCCGGGUGAGCUUCAGGCUGCCAUCGAUAGCAACCGACGUGAAGGUCGUCGUCCAAGCUACAGCAGCAGCCUAUUCCGCUUCUCUCCUUCUCCCAGCACAGCUCCCCAUAUCCUCUCACCUCCCAAGAUGCACCUUUCCGCUCUUGGGGCAGGGACAUCAGGAGCCCUCAAUGGCCUGCAGGCCUCACCAGGACCCUCUCUGAAGAAAGAUGACCUGACCCCUUCCAUCAUGGCAGCGAGACCCUCCAUGGCACUGGCCCUGGGUCAGCAGCAGGUUGCAGGUUUGGCAAGAGCCGCCACAUUGGAACAGCUGAGAGAAAAGCUGGAGACCGGGGUUGGAGAGGGGCCAGAGAGGAAGAUGGCCCGUCUGGCAGAAGAGCAACAGCGUCUGAUGCAGCAGGCUUUCCAGCACAACCUGCUGGCCAUGGCUUCCCAAAUGCCCAUGAACUUGCGCCUGGGAGCCCCCACCAUCACCAGCAGAGAUGAGAAGCAGCAGGACAUGUCUCUUAGCAUCUCAACCAAUGGAAAUGCCAGCAUCACCGUCUCAGUGGAGGUCAAUGGCACAGUCUACUCAGGAACCCUGUUUGCCCAGAAGUCUGGAGGGGCCCCGGGGUCUGCCGUCUCAGCUGCUGCUGCUUCAGCCUCCCCCGCUGGAACCAGCUCUAGCUUUGGCUUCUCUGCACCCAUGGCUCAGAACCUCAGCCCCUCGUCCUCUUCCUCCUCCAAGGGUCCUGGCUCGGCUGAGCCAACCCCCAGUGGGUCACCCUAACUCAGGCUGCCCUUUGUACCUGUUCCCCAGGCCUCUCUUCCACCAGGAGGCCCAGCAAGAAUAUACAGUACAAUGAGAAACCAAUAAGAAUAACAAACUGUUGCACAACAAAUACCUCAUCAACCCUGUCAACCUCUUGGCUGUCCAAUCAUGAACACAGAGCCCAAGAAUAUUAUAUUACAAAUGACAAAUGCACACACAGCUAUGCAUUUUAUUUAACAUACACACACACUACACUACAAGCACACACAAUCAUACAUGUACGAGACACACAACCUACUCACACACACUUGUUAAUCCUAAUGUACAUGCUAAACACAAUCAGCUCAGCCAAAACCCACUGACAGGUGUAGUCACAACUGAACUUGAAAAGUUUUAUUUUAGGACAUUUUGUUUGUUUGUUGCCAUUUUGUUGUCUUUUUGAUUUUGUGUUUUAGAAUGAAUUUAUUUUUAGUUUUUCCUCUUUUUACAUACCUCAAAUCAAGUAACCUGCAGUGGUGUCUUUACCUCAGGAGCUGUAGUAUAUUUAACCUGAAUCAACUUUAUUUUUAUAUUCUUUUUGACCUAGCUGCAAUUAGGGGAAGUCGGGUAAUUCUCACCAGUGGGACCUCAUAUACAAUGCACCCAACUCAGUGACAGGCCUCCAACCCAGGCCCCUCAGGUUUUUCUUUAACACACUGUAGACUCUUGCUGAACUCUGACGAAUGAUCAGAUGCUGUAGAUCAGCACAUUAAAUAUCUACUUACAUGAUCAUCAGAACAUGUCGAGUCCAUUAGAAUGGUUGGAGGAUUAAUAAUGUACACAAACCUCUCAAAUAUGGACCUGAAUUCACCAAACUGUAAACUCUCACUAACAAUGCACAGGAUUUUUAUGUCAACGUACCCUUACUGCAACUCUGCACAAGCUGUUUUUAAACUCGUAGCGCACAAAGUUGGGGGGACAGCCACUCUAAUCCAUCCAGAGCAGGCCUAGCAGACCCUGAGCUCAUUUCUCCAUCCCGCCUCGUGUCUGUGUUACAGAGAGGUAGUACGGAAUCAGGUUUGUUGGCCCCCAUUUUCUUUGUGCGUCUCUCCUCCAGCUGCAGCCACAGAUCUGAAAAUGAAUCAGACGGCAAAAUCGUCAAUGCGUAGUUCUAAGACCUCAUACUGGCCUCUCUGCUCUGGAGGACGUCUCUCUCAGGAAACAACUGCAAGGAUUCGCUGUUAACGUAAAGAAGCAAAACAAAGGAUUCAUAACUGAGGAAUGUGCAAGUCUGCAUGACUGUCCGAGAAUACCUCAUCAGACUCUCUCAAAAGGAGAACAACACUACAUACCUCAAACGGCUGAGAAGCCAUCGAGACUUGACACCCAAACCUGAGAUGGAAAUCCUACCUGAUCCGAAAUGGACAUGAACGUAACCGACACACUGCUGGUGGUUUUUGGGGGCAAUGGAACUUGGGAUGGGCUUGCUAUCUCAUUCUGUAUUUAGUUGUAGAACUUGUGUUAUGCUUGCUUUUGUUUUGUUUUGUUUGGGGUUUUUUUCCCCCUUCUUUUUGGGGUUCCUCUAGUUGAUCUCUGAGAAGAGUGAUACAUCAGCUUUUUUUUUUUUUUUUUCUUUUCAGGGAAGAGGAAAAGAAUAGUUUCUCACUGACACGUGUAGAUUCGUGGGCUUGUUAACAGGUUUCAAGGUUGCAGGAGUCAAAAAAUUUCAAAGCAAAUGACCGUGUUAACCUUAAAUUGACUGCGAAUGCCUGCAUCGCAGUUAAAUCGUCAUGUUUCACGACAGCGGCAAAAUGAUAUGCAUGUGUACAAUCAUGUGACCAGUGUUUUAACACCCUGACCUUCUGGUUCACGUUAGCCUCUGGUUAUUGCACAGCUAGAUACCAAAGACUAGCCAGGUCUCUGCUCUUGAUAGAUCCCAUGUACAAUCCUGCCCACACCUGCUGUGGUGCACAGCAAGACAGUUCAAGGUCUGUUUUAGACUGCAAAAAAUGCGACAUCGAAUCUCAUUCAGUCGGAUGUUGAAAACUGGUGAAAAUCUUGAAGUGAGGUGAAUUCCCUUGUUUCACAUUUUACUGCAUGACUUGUUGGAAAGUGACAGCAGAAGAUAAAUCAAUUUAAGAUGGGAUUUAAAUCAGUUUAAAAUUGGAUUUAAAUCUGAAUAUGACAUGUACAGAUGGACAUUUUUGAUAGCAGAUAUUUAAGUCUUGUUAUCCAGAACAGUAGCUCAGAUGUUGUGGCUUUCCUGAGCUCUCUGCUGAAUUUAAUCUUUUACACUUAUGGACUCUUGAGGCUGGUUGUUAACACAGCAUCCACUUCAUGAUAAUUCAGAAACAGAUGGAUUAACACCCCCCCUGCCCCAAUUAUAAGGUUUUCUCCCUUUAAAGUAAAGUUUCAGCAUUUUGAAAAACCACAAAGGAUGAAAAUGAAUUUUCUAGCUUUAUCUGUGUUGAAUGUGACUCUUUAGAAACCUCUUUGAGCCCAGCGUGAUCGGACGUGGGCAGCCUUGUUGCUUUUAUUGGACUGUAUUUUAGCCAUUACGUGUCAGGUUUUGCAGACAUUUUGCAGUGUAGAUCACGGUUGAGGUUUUGAGGGCUUUGAGGAUGGUGCAGUAGUUCCUUUUGGUGUACCACUCAGAACCCCACAUGACACAUAGCUGUAUUUUAUAAGGGUGAGAACUGUAGAUGCUGCCUUAAAGUAGUUGCUGGUGAGAUCUGGCCAGUGCAGGUUUCACUGCUGAACUGGACAGGGAAAUGUCUUUCUCUUCAAGUUUAAUCCUUUGGAGAGUAAUCACUUUUUAUUUUGGUAAGCAAUUCAAUCAGACUCCAGUUGUCAGUCAUGCUGUUGCAUUAACAACUGAGUUUUGCUAUUUAUUUGUGUUGUUUUUUUUUCUUCCCCUGGUGGACCUUGUUUUUAGUAAGAGUUAAGCUUAAUCACUUAGGCUUAAUCAUUUAUUGAUACAUUUCCUUGUUUCUAAGUCCAAGCAUUCUGUUUCAUCUGCUUAUUCUAAGCAGUGACUGUUUCAUAGUGUAGCUUCACUGCCUUUGAAUGUGUGUGCGUGUGCAUGUGUGCAAGCAGGUUCAGUACAUACAGUGUGUAGAUGCCGUUAUACCGUGUCUACCAAAUUUAUAUAAUACCAUACCGUAGAGUAAUACCAUAGAGAUACUCCAGUUGGCGACAUUGCCACAUCAAAUAUGUCAUAAGAAGGGAUACAAAAGCGUUUUGAUGACAUUUUUUAAAAUCCUUUGUUCACUGAGAACUUAAUACCGACAGUCAUCUUCAGUUGUUGGACACUUUCUCGUGAAGGGAGUGGAAAGUGUUGAGGGUUGGUCAUUCACUUCUCCGCUCUGAUCUCUGGGCUUCAAACCAGCAACCCUUUGGUUCACCUCACUAAUUUUCAGGCUCCUGCCACCUGACUUGCUGCAUGAGUAUAUAUGAUGUGUUGUGUCUGUGCGUGCGUGUGCGUUUGUGUGUGUGUGUGCUUCUACUAGACACCGCCCCUACCUCGUCAUACCACAUUACCUCAGGGCAGUGGGCUGCAGUCACUGUUGUGUUCAAUGUUGAAGCUGCAUUGAGGGACAAGUACUGACAGAAGCUGUGGUCAUUUCGCUGAACGCUACUUUGGAUUUGGUGUUGCAUUUUUGUAUUUUUGUCGUCAGUAACUGCAGGCAAAGUCUCGUCACUCAGGAAGCUGUGAAGUUGGAAGUCUGCAGAACCUCUUGUCUCUCAGAUGAUUUUGGAAUUAAUUCAGUUUUAAAUUGUUUAAAAAUUAACCUGAUCUGUGUAAAAACAGGUGCAUAUGCAAGUGGUUAUUGAAUACCUCAUUUAUCAAUUUUAUGUUGUUGUUUUUGGCUUGUACAAUGCUCCGUAUAUUAAUUCAACUGUGGGGUUUGUGCAUAUUUUUGUACUGUUAUUAUUAUUAUGGACAUGAUAAUAAUGAUAUUACUUAUACUAUAGUUUUCUCUUUGAUUAAAGCAAACAAAAAAUAGGACAAAACUCUUGAAUGCUUGUAAAAACUGGUUUGUGCUGAUUGUAUUUAAGAGGAGCACUUUUCCAAAGUGGUUUUCACACAUUCAGUUUUGUUCAUAUUAGUAAUAUAAAGAUAUGGUUCUCAGGGCUUUAAACUUGUAUGUCAUGAUAAAGUUUUACUUUAUAUCU